AUGAUCCCAAGCGCACCGCCACAAGACCAGUCUCUUGACCCCAUGCAACGAUGGCAAGAAUCUCCACCAGAAGACGAGCCCGCCUCCAUGUCUGCUAUCAUGGAUGCAGUCCAUAAUGCAGUCAUUGAAGGCAAUGCCCGCUUAACAGAUUAUCCCAGCACGGCCUCCGAGGCAAACAGCCGUGAGUCAUUUGAUGCAUUUCGACGACACCGAGGACGUCCAUCACGGCCGUCUUCGACAAGUGGCGAAAGUGGUACCAGUAUGUCGUCCAAAUUCUCCGGCGCGUCGCACCGCUCUGCAGGAUCGGGACUGUCGCCAUCUGGUUCGCUGAGACGCAAAUCACAUUCGCGUGUUGGAAAACCACGACAGACAAAGGCGAGCCAAGAUCCGCGACGAAGAUACUGCUGCACUUUCUGUUGCGAUCGAUUUAAGAGCAAAUACGACUGGGCUCGACACGAGAAAUCACUUCAUCUGAACCUGGAAAUGUGGAUGUGCACGCCAUUUGGUGGCGUAGUCUUCUCUCAAACAACGAAUAGAACCCAUUGCGCAUACUGCCAUGCUCUCGAGCCAAAUUCCGAGCAUCUUGCCUUGCAUAACCACCUCGUUUGUCAAGGCAAUAGCCCUGGAUUCCGCCGGAAGGAUCACCUCGUACAACAUCUUCGACAUACGCACAAGCUCGAGGUUAUGCCCAUCAUCGACGACUGGAAGAUACCUGGGCCCGCCGUCUCGUCGCGGUGUGGAUUCUGCGAUAAGACAAUGAACACCUGGACCGAGCGAGCAGAGCAUCUCGCUGGACACUUCCGAGACGGAGUGACGAUGAAAGAAUGGCGCGGUGAUCACGGAUUUGCACCUUCAAUUGCGGCACAGGUGAAAAACUGGAUGCCGCCAUAUAUGAUCGGGUCCGAGUCCCACAGCAUGAUUCCUUUCUCGGCGACGGACUAUAAUGUCAAGGAUCAUUUGAACCAGAUUUCAGCACGGGUACAUGGAGAGAAGGGAUUCGACGAGCAAACAGACUUGCCCGCACUGAACGAGGAUCUGCCCAAGUCGCAGCUGAGCUCAUUCACAGAAGUCUUGACCAGGCAUUUAAGUCAAUAUGCCCAGCGCCAAAUGAAGUUGGGCAUCAUACCGACCGAUGAGAUGUUUCAGCGAGAAUCGAGGCGCAUCGUCUAUGAUACGGAUGAUUCGUGGAAUCAGAGCAUUGCAGAUAAUACGGAGUGGCUGAAUGCGUUUCGGAGGUUGCACUGUCAGCCGCCUGAAUUAUCGAGAGACACUGCUCAACCUGGCGAUGACGAUGUGCGGGCACAGUCCAUGGGUGCUUCGCCGGUACACAGCUAA